CGUCCCGUGUAAGUGAACAUGUAUCUCAAGUUGAUAAAUGACUAUAUCACUCAGUACUUAUUUAUAUUCCGAUGUUUUAACUCGUACAGUUUGGUAUACGGAAAUUAAUAUGUAUUUAUUACAACUGUAGACUUCGCUGAGUAUGUUGGAUAAGUUUUGACAAUAUCUCGAUUAGUAUGAUAAUUUGAAAAACAAAGAUGCUGUGGCCGAUAUUUUUUGGAUUACUGGUUUGUGUGGUGGUGUGGAGACUUAUCAAACAGGAGCCCAAUGACCUUGCACACCUGCCUGGACCUCCAAGGACACCAAUAUUUGGAUCAGUUUUUAUGUUCCUGGGAAAAUCUCAUAGCGAACUCUUCAAAAUGUUGGUUGAGCUUCCAAAGAAAUAUGGAAAUCGUCUUGUUAUCAAGGCAAUGCACCGGUAUAUUCUUCAUGUAUACAAAGUCGAGGACAUCGAGAUUGUUCUAACACAUUCGAGAAACAUCAAGAAGAAUAAACCUUACACGUUCAUAGAGCCGUGGUUGGGAACUGGCCUUCUUAUUAGUAAUGGCAGUAAAUGGCAGAAACGGCGAAAAAUCUUGACACCGACAUUCCAUUUCGACAUUUUAAAGGGAUUCGUAAAAGUAUUCGAAGAGCAAAGUAGGAAUCUGACAACAAUGCUCAGGAAAAAACUGCAGGAGUCAAAUGUUGUCGACACUAUGGCCAUCAUGAGCGAUUUUACACUUUAUAUUAUAUGUGAGACGGCUAUGGGUAUAAGAUUAAAUGCGGAUAAAAGCGCUGAAAAAAUGAUGUAUAAGAAGGCCAUCAUGGAAAUAGGACAGAUAGUGAUGAAGAGGCUGACCACAGUGUGGCUUCACAGUGACCUGAUCUUUUACAAUAUGCCCAUCGGAAAGAAAUUCACCAAGUGUUUGGAAAACGUGCAUUCCUUCGCUGAUAACGUGAUCCUGGAGAGGAAAAAAAAAUACGAGAGCGUCGCAAAUGAGGAUGGUGGGAGAAGGAGAUUAGCGUUUUUAGACUUACUCCUUGAAGCGGAGAGGAACGGAGAAAUAGAUUUGGAGGGAGUAAGAGAAGAGGUUAAUACAUUUAUGUUUGAGGGUCAUGACACAACAGCUACCGCUUUAGCAUUUGGCCUGGUGUUGCUCGCCGACAGCGAGGAGGUUCAGGAACGUCUCUUCGAGGAGUGUCAGCGGGUCGGUCCUGAGCCGAGUGUGUCCGAGUUGAACGACAUGAAGUAUUUAGAAGCUGUGGUCAAAGAAAUCUUGAGGUUGUAUCCAAGCGUGCCGUUUAUAGGACGAGAAAUUACCGAGGACUUUAUGUUAGAUGACAUCAAAGUAAAGAAAGGCUGUGAAGUAGUCGUUCAUAUAUACGACGUACAUCGAAGACCGGAUCUAUAUCCGGAUCCCGAAGCUUUCAAACCGGAAAGAUUUCUGGACGAAGAGAAACGACAUCCCUACUCCUAUGUACCGUUCAGUGCUGGGCCACGAAAUUGCAUUGGUCAAAAGUUCGCCAAGCUCCAGAUGAAGGUCGUCAUUAGUGAGAUAGUCCGUAAUUUCAAGUUGUCACCGCUGGUCGCUGGCGCACGACCCGACCUCAAGGUCGAUCUAGUACUGAGACCUGCUGAAACCAUCUACGUGAAAUUUUAUCCUCGAUAGAAUAAAAAUAUUGAUCGGGCUAAA